AUGAUUGAAAUAGAGGUUAAGGGUCAUUAUGGCCAAUAUAUAAAGGGUUUCUUGAGACGCUUGGUCGAAGAUAAGGGUGUAAUAGUUUACGCUGAUGAUCCCUCGACUGAGGAACUCAUCCCCCUACAAGAACUUCGGUUUCCGCCCAAACCUUCGGAGUCAAUGUCUUUGACCGCACACAUGCCGGUUGAAGCCUUGCUAUCGAUGUCAACGCAGGAGAAUUGUCAAGACAACAGCUUCACGGAGGCUUUAGCCAAUCUUAAAAUAUCACAAUCUGUUCAACAGUCGGCUAAUAGUUCUCGACUCGCAAAUCCUCUUGCUUGUCUAAAUUGUCCUUCUUGGUGGCCGUGUAUCGUGACCAAGGUGCGAGAUGCCCACGCAGUGGUUCAACUCAGACCCGUAUUGCCUCCAACUGAUGAAUCGGCGCCCCAUCCUCCCAAAGAAUUUACGGAUCUUGCCGCUAAUCUUUCCGCGCUAACGGAGAUUUGUGAGCGCAAAGCCUUGCGGCCCGCUACGUCUGAUGCAUCGUGCUUGAGUCCGGAAGUCAUAUUUACACGCUCCAUCGUUAUACCUCAGGAUCUAUUACCGUAUGCUUCUGAUGUGUCUGUGCAUCAGCACAUACUUGGGCACUGUGGCAAACCUGCCAGCCUCUACGUUGAAGAGAAUCGUGUGGUGGUUAUCUCGCCUUCUCGUGAAGUAGUUCAUAUUGUUGGCCUUUUGGAGGAAAUGCACAUUCGGAUGCUCCGGCAAAAACAUGGUAUCAUCCGUUAUAUUGCUCAAACCAGGAAAAGCCAGGAAGCGUCAAGUGAUAAAGAUAGCGCAAAUACGGGUGCAAAUUCAGACACUAACGCGUGGAACGUUGGUCCCGAAGAUGGCUCAUUCGUUGAGACUUUCUCUGUACCCAGUGUGUUGAUGGGUCUUGCUAUUGGCGCACAUGGAGCUAACAUUCAGAAUGCCCGGUCGGUUAAAGGGGUUUUGCAUGUUGAUGUUUUAGAAGCUAAGAGGCAAAGAUAUGAAAGCGGAUCAAACGCUGGUGCUAAUGCUGAUUCUUCUAAGAAUGGCACUCCCUACUACCUUAGCGUAUUUAAUUGCCCUCAAGCACACUUCAAAGUCGUUGCUGAAUCUAUGGAAGCUGCAAAAGCUGCCCGAGCCAUACUGGAAUAUUGUGUAUUGUGUUUGCUCAUUCCUAAACGUCUCGUGGGACGUAUUGUUGGCACCAAAUCCACAAAUGUUUACUCGAUAAACGAGAAGGCAGGACUCCGUCAUAUUCACUUGGAGAGUGAUCUCACUGAAUAUGGUGUCUCAGUAGACCAUGUUUCUGAACCAAAUUACAUCAAGCUUGAAGAUGCUCAUCCGGAUUUGGCUACAACGGAGGAUGCAAACCAAUACUCUGCUUUCUACCUACUCGGUACCCGUGAGGCAGUUGAGAAAGCGCGAGUACUCAUAGAAUUCCAGCUGGAAUGCACAUAUGAUCUGGAGGGGCUGGAAAUUCAAAAGAGGGAACUUUUAAAGGACCGUCCCGUUGGACAUCGUCGGGACACCUCAGGCCCGCGAGGGCCGGCUGCUGGUGACGAAGGCCAAAAGGGUGGUAGCCAGGUGAAUCGCGGACGUCGCAACACCAACCGACCUCCACGUUCAGCGGGCGAUGCUACUGACAAUCACCAAGACGGAUCAGCUAGUCAACAUGAAGAUGGAGGGGCGGAGGAAUUAAGGAAACAACAGGAAGAGCCCGCUCCUCAUCCGGGCCCCUCAACUUCAGGCCCACGACGUCGUGGCCCUCCCCCUGCCCAGCAACGUGGUGGAGAUGGAACUCAACGUACCAAUGGUAAUCGUCAUCGUACUCGCAAUGGCGGAGUAGGUGGAAAUCGUGCCGGCGGUGUAGAAGCCAAUGGUGUCACUGAACACAGUGGAGUUGCUAAUGGUGCCCAAAUAAAUGGAAAAUCAAAUCAUAUUGAAAAUGGCGGAACCUCUCGUCGCCCUACAAAGCGACAAACCCAUACAACGAAUCGUGCAGCAGCUCAUACAGCUGAAGUCGCUGCUUCCUCUUAA